AAAGCCAUUUAGUAUAUUCUCUUUAGUGUCCCCCCCUUUCAGGCAGAGAUUCAGUCCUCCACCAUCAAGAUACAUCCCGUGCAAUUUCAGGGAGCAUUUUUUUUUUUAAUCUGCACUGCUUUUUCAGAGCUCCCCUCAAAUCUAGCCUUCUGUUGCAUUCAGCGUGAUUAAUUGCUUCAUGAAGACUGCCUUCAGCGUGAUUAAUUGCUUCAUGAAGACUGCCUUCGAAUACUACAAAAUUCUUUUGGAAUGUCUGUGAUGGCCCUUAAUACCAUGGUGCGGAAAUCGUUGUCAAUCCACAUUUAGGAUGUGUUAUAGUACCGGUCGUUGUGAAAACAAAACAGCACGUCCAUCCUGUGUAUUCGGUCGUUGAAAGUGACGGUGGAUAGUAUUACUUUGAUGGUCUCGACCCCAGAAGGAAGCCGACGCGUGCCGUGUACUUCUGAGAGGAGUGCCAGUAUUAUUGCACGUGUUUAUAUUAGGAUCAUUUUAUGCUUAUGUUAUGGGGCCAACGAGCCAACUUUUAUUUGAAAAAUGAUAUAAUCCCCGCCAACGUUCAGCUUUUCAUUUCCAGUUAUGUCCAUCACAAAAUUCUCUUUACCCAAAUCUUCUCUGAAAGUUAUCUACAAUGAAUGGAAAGCUGAAUUAUACAUCACAACACCUCACUUAUCAGUCACUGAUUAUAUACGGCUUCUUGAAUCUUGCAUACAAUCUAAAACACUCAUGCAAGGCAAGACGAUCCACGGACACCUCCUCAAAAACAAUACCCACAUCAGAAAUCCUCUUGUACUGGAAAAACUAGUACGUUUUUAUGUUUCUUGCGCUGAAAUGGAACUUGCACGCCACGUGUUUGACACAAUUCGUAAGCCAAAUGUUGAUCUCUGGAACUCUAUGAUAAGAGCGUAUGCGUGGAAUGGACCGUUGGAGAGAGCCCUUGAUUUGUAUUACAAGAUGAUUCAACUGGGUGUUGAACCAACCAAAUUCACGUUUCCUUUUGUGCUGAAAGCUUGUGCCGGUUUAAGAGCAAUAGAUGAUGGCGAAGAAAUUCAUGGUCAUGCUAAAAGACUUGGGCUCGAUAGGGAUAUUUAUGUUUGUACUUCUCUGAUUGACUUGUAUGCAAAAUGUGGAGUUCUGACACGGGCCAAAGAAGUUUUCGAUGGAAUGUUUUGUAGAGAUAUUGUGGCUUGGAACGCUAUGAUUGCUGGAUUUUCUCUUCAUGGUUUAUAUAAUAGCACGAUUCAGUUGUUUAUUGAAAUGCAGAAGGCAGGGAUUAGUCCUAAUUCUUCAACGAUUGUUGCAGUUCUUCCAACAGUUGCUGAAGCUAAUGUGUUGAACCAAGGAAAGGCUAUGCAUAGCUAUGCAGUUAGGAGGGGUUUCAGCAAUGAUAUGGUGGUUGGAACUGGACUUUUAGACAUGUACGGGAAAUGUCAGUGCAUAUUUUAUGCAAAGAGGAUUUCUGAUAUGUUGGAAGUGAAGAAUGAGAUAAGUUGGAGUGUAAUAAUUGGAGCAUAUGUUACGUGUGAUCUGCCAAGAGAGGCAUUAGGGUUGUUUGAUCGAAUGUUGUCUGAGAAUGCCAGGAAUUUAACAGCUGUAACUCUUGGCACUGUACUCCGAGCAUGUGCAAAGUUGACUGAUCUGAGUGAAGGGAAACGCAUCCAUUGUUUAUCACUUAAAACUGGGUUUGUUUCAGAUAUAAUGGUAGGAAAUACAUUACUUUCAAUGUAUGCAAAGUGUGGGAUCAUAGAUGAAGCAGUAAGGUUUUUUGAUGGAAUGGAUAAGAAAGAUACAGUUUCAUAUAGUGCCAUUAUCUCUGGAUGUUCUCAAAAUGGUUAUGCACAAGAGGCUCUAUGUAUAUUCCACCAGAUGCAACUGUCUGGAAAUGAACCUGAUAUAGCUACCAUGGUUGGUGUCCUGCCUACUUGUUCACAGUUGGCUGCUCUACAGCAUGGUGCUUGUGGACAUGGUUAUUCAGUUGUCCAUGGGUUUGUAGUUGACACCUCAGUUUGCAAUGCUCUUAUCGACAUGUACUCGAAGUGUGGGAAAAUUGAGAUUGCCAGAAAAGUUUUCGAUGGGACGGAUAAACGGGAUAUUGUCUCCUGGAAUGCAAUGAUAGUUGGGUAUGGAAUUCACGGACUUGGCACGGAAGCGCUUUUAUUGUUCAAUAAAAUGCAAGCUGUGGGUUUAAAGCCAGAUGAUGUUACUUUCAUUUGUCUCUUGUCUGCUUGCAGCCAUUCAGGACUUGUAACCGAAGGGAAACAACUGUUUAAUUCCAUGAUUCAAGGUUUUAAAAUUGUCCCCAGAAUAGAUCAUUACAUAUGCAUGGUUGAUCUUCUGGGUCGCGCCGGUAUUCUGAAUGAGGCAUGCAAAUUCAUAGAAAACAUGCCAUUUGAACCUGAUGUUUGUGUAUGGGGUGCCCUGCUUGCUGCUUGUAGGGUCCAUAAGAAUAUUGAACUUGGGGAAGAAGUAUCAAAGAAAAUCCAGAGUUUAGGAUCUGAAGGUAGUGGAAAUUUUGUUCUCUUAUCAAAUAUGUAUAGUGCUGUUGGUAGAUGGCAUGAUGCAGCUCGUGUUAGAAUCACACAGAGGGAACAAGGUAUUAAGAAGAGCCCAGGUUGCAGUUGGGUUGAGAUAAAUGGGGUUGUUCAUGCAUUUGUUGGUGGAGAUAGGUCUCAUCCACAGUCAACACAGAUAAACGAGAAACUGGAUGAACUAUUGCCAGAGAUGAUAAGGUUGGGUUAUCAUGCAGAAUCUGGUGUUGUUCUUCAAGAUGUUGAAAAAGAGGAAAAGGAAGGAAUCCUACUUUACCACAGUGAGAAGCUAGCUAUUGCAUUUGGGAUUCUUAGUCUGAGCCCCACAAAGCCUAUUUUGGUUACCAAAAAUUUGCGAGUUUGCUUUGAUUGCCACUCUGCCAUCAAAUUUAUAACUGUUAUUACUAAUAGAGAGAUAAUAGUUAGAGAUGCAAGUCGAUUUCAUCAUUUUCGGAAUGGAGUUUGCAAUUGCGGAGACUUCUGGUGAAGAUGAAGGUAGAAAAUCACAGCUAUCAAUAUGACUGUUGACUGCAACAGGUACAAAUUCAUUUAUGCUAAGGAUGAAACCCAAACUCCUUAAAGAACCAUGUAUAUUUAUUUGGAGAAAGCAGGAUAAACUUCUGCUAAGCCAGCUGCUCUCAACUAUGACAGAAGAAAUAUUAUAGAUGGAUUUGAGUUGAACUGAGCCAAAACAACCAGUUCAAAAUUGAGUUUGGCUCGCGUAAUUGGUAAACAGUAAUGUCAGAGAAGAAGACAGCAAGUGGUUGGAUAAAAAGAACAAGAAUCACUGGAGAAGAAGAAGAAGAAGAAGAAUGGUUGGAGAAGGAGAAAAUUUGUUGAAGAAGAAGAGUUGAUGGAAAAAAAAGUAGAAAGAUCGCUAAAGAAGGGGGGAAAAAGAGAAACUGUCGAUAAGCCAAGCUCCAAUGUGACGACUGAUGAGGCCUUGAUUUCGAAUUGCAUCCACCCUUAGAAAAUAAAGCUCGGUCAUAAGGUGCACCACAUGUCGGUCAGUUUGAACCUGUCUAUUGAAGCGUUUUGGUCUACAAUCCAAUGCCAAAGCAGUCUCUCAAAGAUCCACUUCAGCCAAACAAAAAGGGUACUAGAAUUAUCAUUGCUGGACUUGGAGUUGUAUGCUGCUGCUAAAUUAUGGAAGCAGACUGGUGCAGCUCGUCAUUGUUACAUCCUUGAUACGAACAACGACUAUGUCAAUCUUGCCCGCCAAGUUUUCCAGUUGAAGGAGGAAAUUCAGAGGAUUCAACUAUUCAAACAACAAUCAAAGCAAUCUGAUUAAUUUAUAAGAUUCUGUAACUGAAUUUCAGGUCUUUAGUAAAUGUUUCAUAAAACACAUAUAGACAAAUCUCACAUCGAUAAAGUACGAAUAAAAUGUUAGAUGUCUAAGAGACUUGAGAGUGAUAAUAAAAAAUUGGUUAAAUACUUUGUAAACUUA